CGGACGGGCACUGGUCCGAGUGGUGGUACUGGAGCGACUGCACGCGCAUGUGUGGGGGAGGCACGCGUCACCGUGAGCGCGAGUGUGUGGGCGUCACUUACAACGGCAAGGAGUGUGACGGGGAACCGAGGAGUGAGGAGAAGUGUAACAGGGAGCCUUGUCCGCCUCUCCCGCGUCACUUUGACAUGAGGCAGUGUGUGGACACUCAGAACUACACGUGCGCCAGCGGCAAGAUGUGUGUGCCCAGCAAGGAGCGCUGCGACGGAGACGUUCACUGCCACGACGGCUCAGAUGAGCAGAACUGUCCGCGGGCCGUGCCGGGGCCCGGGCGAGUCCGAUAUGGGCUGAGUAUGGGAAGGAACGGGGCACAGAACUCCAUGGGAGGAACUAUUCCCAAGACAUGCUCAGCGGUGUGUAUGUUUGUUUGUUUGUGUUUGGACGGCUGUGCGGUGACGAUUGGAUCAAACUGGAUGUUGUGAUAUUCCUGGACUGGAUGUUGUGAUAUUCCUGGACUGGAUGUUGUGAUAUUCCUGGACUGGCUUCGAGUUUGUUGCGCAUAAUUUCAAUGAGACAACUGAAUGUAUGUCUGACCUUUAACGUCUCCACCCCGCCGCCCCCUUGUCCGGCCACUAAUGUUUUCCCCUGAUGUCUGUUUUGACAAAGGAUGAGCCGACUAUUUCUGCGACUGGCAGGCUUCCCUUAUUGCGACAUCUCCUCUGAUGAUGAUGAUGCUAUUUUUAGUCGUCAAAUCGUCAUUCGUGCUGCUCAUGUCUCGGUGCAUCUGACGGAUUUCCACGACACCAAACUUCCACUGUUGAAUAUAUAUAUCUAUAUAUUAUCAUGUCUGCCAUUUGUCUCUCUAUAUAUAUUGUCUUGUCUGCCAUUUGUCUCUCUUUAUAUAUAUUGUCUUGUCUGCCAUUUCUAUGAUUGUUGCCAAUGCCUGAUUUAAUCACUUUGAAUCAAACGAAGAUGAAUCUUUUUGUAUACGACUUUGAUAAGUUGAGUGUGUGUUCGUGAAGUGUGUAGCUGACAAGUUGAGUGUGUGUUCGUGAAGUGUGUAGCUGACCAGUUGAUUGUGUGUUUGUGAAGUGUGUAGCUGACCAGUUGAGUGUGUGUUCGUGAAGUGUGUUGCUGACCAGUUGAGUGUGUGUUCGUGAAGUGUGUAGCUGACCAGUUGAGUGUGUGUAAUCCAUGAUGCUAACUCAAAUCUACGUAACGUGUCAAAUGAAAAACUGACUCAACAUUGGUGAGAGUUUUCACUGACGAGAAAUACGCCUGACGUUCUUGUGACAGAUCUAACUGACAGAUCUAACUGACGUUGUGACAGAUCUAACUGACAGAUCUAACUGACAUUGUGACAGAUCUAACUGACGGAUCUAACUGCUAACUGUGACAGAUCUAACUGACAUUGUGACAGAUCUAACUGACAGAUCUAACUGACGUGAAAUAUACACUUGACAUUUUGGUUCAGGAUCUGGAGAGUUAGGAAAAGGUACUUUGGAAUAUUUUCUCUUGUACAUUUUGAGAAGAACAUGUGGCUGUCAGCGUGCGGUUGUCUUGUAGCAGUUGAGGAAGUGAGCACUUCGUGAAUGUGGGGUUUGGUGGUGGAACUUUGGUGGUGGGUUGGAAGUUCUAUUUUCCACCCCCUGAUUCUGUUGUAUGGGUUAUGUAUAUGAAUAUGUUUAUGUAUAUGUAUGGGUUAUGUAUAUGAAUAUGUCUAUAUGUAUAUAUGGGUUAUGUAAAUGUUAAUGAAUAUGAAUUGUAUAUGUAUGGGUUAUGUAAAUGUAUAUUUUGUUUUUACGGGCGACUCGGUGAUGCUACUGGGAAUUGUGAAUUUAUGACCUUGUUGGAUGUUGUCGGUAUGACCUUGUUGAGUGUGGUCUGUUCUGUGUGCUUCGUGCAGUUUCUGUCUGUGAUCUACCUACUGUGGUCUGUUCUGUGUGCUUCAUGCUCCUUGCUCAGCGCCGGUCAUGUUGUUUGCUGAUCUCCGUUUUUUCUCGGGGUUUUGUUUUGUUGAUUUUUCCAGCUGCUCAUUGCGUGUGUCCCUUCCAUUUUUGUUGCUGCCCAUGUUGGGUUUUCUUUUGUUUUGUUUUUCUGCUUCUUGUUUUUGCUGUUUUUGCUUCGUAACAUCCCAUAAGGACAAGCUGUGAUGGCGGGGUUGUUCCUCGUGGCUGCCCAUGGCUGUCGGAAUGUUCACAUACC